AACCUUUUGUUUAAACUUAAAACCACAGAAGAGUGAACGAAACGCCAUUGUUUCUUUGCCGUAUCGCCCUCUUCCUCCAUUUCUCCAUUUAUUCAGAUAAUUUUGCCUUCAUUUCUUCAAAUUUGCCAUUCUCAUAUGAGCCCAAUAUAAUGCCAGUCUUCCACUCUUAUUUCCACAGCCGAUGUUACAGUAGGAUAUCGCAUUUCCUCCCUUCGUUUUGGUGACUCUCGAAACCGAAAUUUGAAUUGAGCUAUUCGAUGGUGCAGACCGUAUUGUUCGGCAAGUUUGGAAUGAAUGAAAUGAUGGUCCCAGCAACAAGCAAUUCCUGCACCUUUAGAUUACCUAGCGUUCUCCGCAAGGCAUUUACAUUACCAUUAGAAAGGAGAACAUGUGGAAAGGGAGUUUUACGAAAAUUUUCCACAUAUGCGUCGCCUAUGAUCUCUUCAACAGCUGCUCCCAUGGAUCAGCCACCCUCAUCUAUGGUAUUAGCUUCCCAGCUUUCACAAUCUGAUGUUCCACAGAGAUCAGAAGAGUGGUUUGCCCUUCGUAAGGACAGGCUGACUACAAGCACCUUCAGUACUGCAUUAGGAUUUUGGAGUGGGAACCGUCGUCUUGAGCUGUGGAAUGAGAAAGUAUUUGCAUCAGAAGCGCAAAUCUUGGAAUCUUCUAAGAAAGGUGCCAUGGAUUGGGGUGUGCUGAAUGAAGCAGCAGCUAUAGAUCAGUACAGGCAAAUCACAGGUCGUGAGGUGAGCUCAAUGGGUUUUGCUGUUCAUCCAAAAGAGGGGUUUGAUUGGCUUGGGGCCUCUCCUGAUGGUCUUCUUGGUUGCGUCCCUGGAGGUGGGAUACUUGAAGUCAAGUGUCCUUACAACAAGGGCAAGCCUGAAACUGCCUUGCCUUGGUCUGCCAUGCCUUUCUAUUACAUGCCUCAGUUGCAAGGUCAAAUGGAAAUAUUGGAUCGUGAUUGGGUUGAUUUAUAUUGCUGGACGCCAAAUGGAAGUACGAUAUUUCGCGUGUGCAGGGAGCGUGAGUAUUGGGACUUGAUACACAGGGUUUUACGUGAAUUUUGGUGGGAAAAUGUGAUUCCUGCUAGAGAAGCUGUGCUAUUAGGGAGGGAAGAAGAGGCCAAGUCAUAUAAGCCUCAAUCUAAACACAAACUGACAGGGUUGGUAAUUUCUAAAAGCAUAAAGUUAGCUAGUGCAUCAAAGCUGUUGUGUAGAGAGAUUGCAGGUCAUGUUGAAUUUUACAGGUGAUAAGAGGUCACAAGAAAGGUCAAGCAACUGGCUUGACGG